CACAAUCGAGUCAACCGCGACCACAUCGUCCACGGGUACGAUGUCCGCACCACCGUCAUGUUGCGUAACAUCCCCAACAAGAUGGACUGGCUCGCCCUCAAGGAGGUCCUGGACCAGCAUUGCUUCGGCACCUAUGACUUCGUUUAUCUCCGAAUCGACUUCAAGACAGGAUCCAACGUUGGCUAUGCUUUCGUGAACUUUUCGGACAUGAACGGCAUGAUCGCGCUCAUCGAAAAUAUCGAACACCGGCAAUGGAAGGGCUUCCGUUCGAGCAAGGCCGCCGAGAUUUCCUACGCGACGAUCCAGGGGAAGGAGGCUUUGAUCGCCAAAUUCCGGAACUCCUCAGUCAUGCAGGAGACUCCCUAUUGCCGGCCCAGACUGUUCGUAACCGAGACUGACUACGGCAAGUCGAAUCUCUGCGGCACCGAGCUGGCAUUCCCAGCCCCAGACAAUCUUGCGAAGCUCAGCCGCUCGAUCGAGUCUGCGCGCGCAAAUGGGCUCUUCCCGCCCCAUGCCUCGAGCAUGAUGAACGACCGCGCUCGUCAAGGUGUCUACGACAACGGC